CUGAUUACAAGUGGACUAAUCAAAUUGAAACAGAUAUGCAGGCAUUGUUCUAUGUUUUUCAGCCUUUCUGUGUUAGGCCUGAAGCAUUUUUCCCUUGUAUUAGACAGAAUCUGAAGUUGUUAAAAAUGAACAAGGAAAAAGCAAGUUACUCGGAACCGGGUGUAACCCGAACAUAUUGACCCGAACCGAUUAGAUCACACAAAAACUCGUACUUGGAUCGUUUUUUUCCGUCACAUUUUCCCGAGAAAAUGCCCGACAAACGACGGACUCCGGUGAUCCUGCGGAGGAUUUUCCGGGACAGAGCGCGUACAUUAGCCAACACUAUCAUCUCUUUACUUACUCUUCCGUCUCCGUCGGCGGUCACCGAUUGCAGUCACUGCGAGGGUCGGCGCUGCCUCUUCUGCGGUGGAGCUGAGGAGGCCAUCAAUUUCCUUCUCAGACGGAGCGAUCCUUCCGGCUACCGCAAGCUCCUAAACCGUUGCUUCGUCGUCAUCUCGGAAACUGCGCCUCCUAACCCUCACUUCCAACCGUACAACAAUUGGUCUCAGCAUCAGAUAGUGGCAACAACAAUUGAAUUGAUAAAGUGUGAGAAACCUGUAUCUACGAAUGUAAUAAGCAGUGGCUACAACAGGCUUAACCAGUCAAGCCAAAUUGUGGAGCUUUUAACUUCUUCAGCAUGGUGUCUAUUAUUGGAAAGGGUUGGGGACGAAAUUAUGGUUUAUUUGCUAAAGCAUGCAUCAAUAUUUUUGCCACUUCCUCGUAAGAAACACCGUCAGGUGACUGGUCCUCCGAUCGAUAAACUAUGUUUUGACAUGUUGAAGCGUAGAACAGAAUCUAAAAAUCAACAUUCUCAGCUCAUUCCAUGCGGAUCCCAAAAAAAGAGGAAAAGAGAUGAUAAUGGUAAUCCAGACUUGGUGACAGAACAAUUAAGUAGUUCUUUAACUGAUGGUGAAACUUUGAGUUCUAUCACAUGUGUUGGCUGUUGUGAAGGUAGGAGUUGUUUGACAUCAUGCAGCAGGCUUCACGGGGACAAGAACUGCGAAAUGAGUUUAUCUGAAGCAGAUAUGCAGAAACACAAAAAUGGUAUAGUAAACACUGUAGGUAAUUUGGACAAGAAACUAAAACAGUGUUCAAAUCAGACUACUGAAAAGCUUGGAAAGCGUUCAAGACCAUUUAGUUGGCAUCGACGUAGAAAGUGCAGACAAUUAAAUUUUCAAGAAAUCACCGAUCAGGUCCCUUGCACAAGAAUUCUCACCCAUAAGGAUAGUUUUCCUGAGAGGUCUGAGUGGAAAGCCAAUCAGAAUGAUUCCCACGAAAAGAACACACCACAGUGCUGUUGUUUGGUGAUGCAAAUUCCUAGAAAGGUCAACAAAGGGGCUGCAAUAGACAGAAAUUCCUUGUUCUAUAACUUGGAAUUUUCUUCAUCAGCCUUUCCAAGAGAGCAUGUACUUAAUUCUUUAAAGCCAAAUUCUAGUGGUUCAAAGUUUCUUAUUGGGAGUAUCUUUGGCUUACCUGAUGUAAAUAUAAGUCCUCAGUCAAAGCCAUGGUCUCACAAUAGCAGUGUUUCUCCUUGUGGUUCUGCAUGCCUGUAUCAAUCACUGCAUAAAUUGCUUAAGAUUCUCAUUCGCAGGGUUCGGAAUUGCUGUCAUUUAAGAUUAUUGGAUAAGCAUUGUGCUGUUCCAUCAGUGGAUCAGCAUGCUAUUGAAAGUUCAAGCUGUCUUUUCAAGGGAAGUGAGUUUGAGUAUAAGUUUCCAAAGAAAUCUGAGGAUUGUUUCACUAAAUGUUGUGAGGAAUCUCUUCAACCCACUGAUGCUCAGGCUGAGGCAUUAAAAUCUUAUUGCUCAAAAAGUCAGGUGGUGUCAUUUAUAUGGGCUGUUUGUAGAAGCAUAGUUCCUUCAGAUUUACUUGGAACUCCUUCUAAUUCAAGGGUAUUGAGGAGAAAUAUUUCCAAGUUUAUUCAGCUUCGGAGAUUUGAAACUUUUUCCUUAAAGCAGUGUAUGCAUAAAUUGAAAACAUCAAGAUUCCCUAUUCUAUCAAGUAAAGGUUCUUUAUGGUGCUUGAAUAAUCAGGUUCUAGAACAUAUGGAAGUGCAAAGUUUAGACACACAUAGUAGAUCUUCCAGAUUGAAUGAUACCACCCAUAUCAUGAAGCAAAAACUUCUGGAGGGUUGGAUUUAUUGGUUCUUCUCAUAUCUAGUCAAACCAUUAUUGCAAUCUAACUUCUAUAUCACCGAUAGUCAGGAUGGGAAACAAGAUGUCUAUUACUAUAAGAAGUCAGUUUGGAACAAGGUGAUAGAUAGAACCAUCACUUGCUUGAAAGAUGAGAGCUAUUGUUACUUGGACAAUGCAGCUGCUAGAAACAUUAUGAGCAAUAGAUCAUUUGGUUUUUCAAAGCUUAGGCUUUUCCCAAAAGAAAAUGGAGUAAGGUUGAUAGCAAAUCUAAAAGUACCAUCAAAAAUCCCAAAAAAGGAUUUCUAUUUCAAAGAUCAAUCUGGUGGAAAGCAAAGAGGAGCCCAGCUGAGUUCGAAAAUGGUUGAAUUUGAUUAUUUCAAGUCUGUGAAUUCUGUUCUUCGUGAUACACAUGCUGUCCUGAAAGGCAUACAGGUGGAAGAGCAUGGGAAGUUAGGAUCCUCAGUUUUUGAUUACAAUGAUGUCUAUAGAAAGUUAUGCCCAUUUUUAAUUGGUCUGAGGAAUGGGUCAUCUACGAUGCCUGGUGUAUUCAUAGUUGUUUCUGAUGUAUUAAAAGCCUUUGAUACUAUUGAUCAGGAUAAGCUGCUUAGUGUAAUGAAAGACGUCAUAAGCAAGGAUGAAUACAUUUUGAAACAGUCUUAUCAAGUUCUCAGCACAAAGAAAUCUUUCUGGAUUCGAGAGAACCUUGUCUUAAUGGAUCAUAAUAUCAGUUCAAAGUUUACAUAUUCUGUCCCAUUCCAGUCAUCACAUAGCAUCCUUGUUGAUCAGGAGUGCAAUAAGUCAUUGAAGAAGGAAGCGCUCUUUUCAACUCUGAAGGAACAUGUGAAGCGUAAUGUACUGCAAUUGGAUAGCAAAUUCUAUUUGCAAAUUUUAGGUAUAUCACAAGGAAGUGUGCUGUCAUCUCUGCUUUGCUCAUUCUACUAUGGACAUCUGGAGAAGAAUUUGAUCUUUCCAUUUCUUCCAAAAACAAUUGAACCUGGCUUACAAGAUUUAUCAAGAAAUAACAAUCAAGAUACUUUUGUGGUACAGAAUCGCAAGGAAAUAAUUACCUCGUCCUCUUGUAUGCUCCUUAGAUUUAUUGAUGACUAUCUUUUCAUAUCAACCUCAAAGAGGAUGGCUGAAAACUUCUACUUGAGGUUGCAAAGAGGAUUUCAAGCUUAUAACUGCUUUAUGAAUGAAGACAAGUUUUCUACGAAUUUUAAUAUUGGAUGGUUACCGACAAUGCCAUCCAAAAGGGUGUAUGCUGGUGCAGAUGGAAUCUCAUUUCUUCAAUGGAGUGGCUUGCUUAUUAACUGUCGCAGCUUAGAAGUUCAGGCAGACUACACAAGGUAUUUGAAUAACCAUUUAAAGUCAACUCUUACAGUCUCCUGGCAAGACAGACCGGGUUGUAAGUUAAAGGCAAAGUUGUGUCAUUAUCUGAGACCUAAAUGCCAUCCGAUUUUCUUUGAUUCCAAUAUCAAUUCAGAAGGUGUUGUCAGACUAAAUAUCUAUCAGUCUUUUUUGCUGUGUGCAAUGAAGUUCCAUUGUUAUUUCUGUGAACUAUCAUACAUGUGCAAAAUCCACACUAGUUCCUACUUGAAUUUCAUUGAAAACUCCUUGAGUUAUAUGGAAAUGCUGAUAAAGAAAAGGAUGCGUUCUGUUCCUCUUGGUUCUAACAUUCAGCCGAUUCUCCAUUUGGAAGAUGGAGAAGUUGAAUGGCUUGGAUUACAUGCUUAUAUCCAGGUACUGAAAAAAAAACAGUCAAGACAUAAAGAGUUGCUGCCUUUAUUGAAGUCCAAGUUGUUGGCACAUGAGAUAUCUGGGUGUGUAUCCUCUCAGCUAAAGUAUGCAGUUGACAGAUCACACUCUUCUGCUAUCUGGAAAAUCAAGUAUUAGAAGAAAGUUUUACAGGUUGCUAGGCCGAAUUCUUUGAUCAUUUAUCCAUAGAGUUGUAUAGUAUGGUUGGUUUGAGUUUGAAAGAUUAGAAAUAAAAAAUUUAUUUGCUUUGCACUUGAAAAUGAUUUUUAUGUGUUAUACAACUAGUUUGUAUUACUGUUAUGGAAUAAGCUUGAACAUGGUACCUGUGAAAGGCUGAUAUUCAGGCCGAGUAAUCGUUUCUUAAGAACCACCGAGUUUACUUUUGCUUCCAUUAAUA